AUGGCUCAUUCACUAGCCUCACCACCACCACAACCACCGCCCGCUACCGCAACAACAACUAAGAACAUCUCCUGUUUCCAAUAUUGUGUGGGUUUCCAGAAAGUCAGGGCUUGCUAUCAUCAAGUAUCCGACGGUGCCAAUGCCAAUGCCCAUGCCCGCAAUAACAGACUUGUUAUCAACAGCCGCAGGAGUUUGGGAUUGGGUUUGGCUGGUGCACUUAUCAGCUUCAAUGUGAGUGACCCAAGUCCGAUUGCAAAUGCGGCAGCCAGACGGCCUCCACCGCCUCCAGCAGAGGAGAAGGAGAAAAAGGACCCCAAUGUGAGUGGAGUUUUAGCCAAAGUACUGGCCAGCAAAAAGAGGAAGGAAGCCAUGAAAGAAUCCGUGGCAAAGCUAAGAGACAAGGGGAAGCUCAUUGAACAACCAUCCCAAUCCCAACCCUAG